AUGUUAACCCUUAUUGGCAAGAACUGCGUAAGGACACCUGCUCUGGUGAAAAACACCAUUGUUCCAUUGUCUCGUCGUCCGAUUAGCAACAUUGCAACGAGACGCUGGUACUCGAACAACGAGCACCACAAGAGCAAAGAUGCCAUGCCUAGCAUAUGGAAGCUGUUGGGGCUCAGUGCUUUAGGCUCUGGAGUGUUUAUAUUGGCGUCUCGUAACCUGGAUCGGAAAAAGAACGGACUAGUGCAAGAACAGAACGCCGUCGGUGGGCUACGGCGCCGAGUGGCCAUGUACCAGCCCGGCGAAUUGACGGUCCGGGUGGUGAUGGACGCCGACGUUACAAAGUUGCCGCCAACAGCCCACUGUGUAGACACUGUUGGUCUGUUGCGCGCAGCGCUGGUGGAUGAGAACGAUCCUUAUCAGCCGCUGCUAGCGGAACUGGCACAGCACACCGACAGCGACAACAACAACAACACCGACAACGACACAAAGUCAAACGCAGACAUUGGGAGACUGAUUAGAGAGUUGCCUUCCGGAUUGUUGGUCAGACUGUUGGCACGUGAGUUCCAGGCAUCCGUGUCGGUUGGCGACACGGUGUAUGUGACCAACUUCCCGUUUCCGGACGAGCACGAUGGCAGAGACAGAGAUUGCUUGCAGGACAUCCUGAGGUUUGAGUCCGAUGUUUCGGAGAUUGACCAGCUGUUGGUCGCGAAACUGGACCCCGCAGAUAGCCGCCCAGCUGUCGCGUACUAUCGCACGGUGGGGAAAGUCGCCACCGUGUAG